AUGCAAGGUUUUGCAGUGAUGUUGCAUCUCAGGCACCUGCUCUGGCUGGUGUUUCUCUGCCGUGCGUUCGCUGAACAAGAUCCAUCAUGGAGGAUGAAGGUAGAGAAGGCUGCCCCUGCUAGUGGCUCUCUGGCUGGCAGGGUGGUGCUACCAUGCCACUUCUCCAUCACCCCCACCACCCACACCCCUAGCACACAGGGCCCAGAGGACCAGCUGAGGAUCAAGUGGACAAAGCAGGAGGAAGACGGGGAGCGUGUGGUGCUGGUGGCCCAGAGAGGAGUGAUCAAGGUGGAGCAGGAGUACAAGGGCAGGGUGUCGGUGCCCAACCACCCCCAGGCAUCAGGCGACGCCUCGCUGAUCGUUGCCCGCCUGAGGGCUAGCGAUGCUGGGCUGUACCGCUGCGAGGUCAUGCAUGACAUGGAGGACACCCAGGAUACUGUUCAUCUCAAUGUCAGCGGUGUGGUGUUCCACUACAGGUCUGCUUCCAGCCGCUAUACCUUUUCCUUCCCUGGGGCCGUUGACGCGUGUCGCGCGGCCGGGGCAACCAUCGCUACGGGCGAACAGCUGACUGCCGCCUUCGAGGACGGACUGGACCAGUGUGACGCCGGCUGGAUAGCCGACCAGACAGUCAGAUACCCAAUCACGAAGCCCCGUCCUGGUUGCAUGGGCGAUAUGAUGCACAGGCCUGGGAUCAGGACGUAUGGGCUCAGAGACCCUAAAGAGACCUACGACGUCUACUGUUACGCAGACAAACUACACGGUGAGGUGUUCUAUGCUCCUAUCCGUUACAAGCUGACCUUUCGCCAGGCUAAGCGUGCGUGCGAGACGCAGGGGGCGGUGCUCGCCUCCCCUGGCAACCUGUUUGCCGCGUGGCGUGGAGGCCUGGAUCGCUGUGACUACGGCUGGCUGUCAGACGGGAGCGCCCGCUACCCCAUCUCCGUCCCCAGGCCCCAGUGUGGAGGAGGGCUGCUUGGGGUCAGGACUCUGUACCGAUUCCCCGACCAGACUGGCUUCCCCAAACCUAUUGACAGACAUGGAGCGUUCUGCUUCAUGGAUGUUGAUGAGUGCCAGUCCAACCCAUGUCGUAAUGGAGCCACCUGUAUGGACGGAGUCAAUUCCUUCACCUGUGUGUGUCUACCCAGCUACACAGGACAGCUCUGUGAACAAGAUGUUGAUGAGUGCCAGUCCAACCCAUGUCGUAAUGGAGCCACCUGUAUGGACGGAGUCAACUCCUUCACCUGUUUGUGUCUACCCAGCUACACAGGACAGCUCUGUGAACAAGACACAGAGGUGUGUGAAUAUGGCUGGCAGAAGUUCCAGAGCCAUUGUUAUAAGCACAUCACCCACCGUCGCACCUGGGAUGCUGCCGAGAGGGAGUGUCGUCUCCAAGGAGCCCACCUCGUCAGUGUCCUGUCACAGGAGGAGCAGCUGUAUGUCAACGGUCUGGGCCAUGACUACCAGUGGAUCGGUCUAAACGACAAGAUGUUUGAGAGAGACUUCCGCUGGACUGACGGCAGCAUCAUGCAAUAUGAGCACUGGCGUCCCAACCAGCCAGACAGUUUCUUCCAGUCUGGAGAGGACUGUGUGGUGAUGAUCUGGCACGAGGGAGGACAGUGGAAUGACGUACCCUGCAACUAUCACCUCACCUUCACCUGCAAGAAGGGCACAGUCUCUUGCAGCCAGCCCCCAGUAGUGAAGGAUGCUCGUGUGUUUGGUUCUAUGAAGCCUCGUUAUGAGAUCAACACUCUGAUUCGUUACCACUGUAAAAACGGCUUCAUACAGAGAUACCCCCCCACCAUCCGCUGCCGUGACAACGGCCAAUGGGACAGCCCCAAGAUCACCUGCAUGAGCCCCGCUACCUACCAGAAGUCUUUCGCUUCUAGGAAACACACGGAUAAUCACAAUCAUAACCAGAAUCAGUACAAUCACAAUAAUCACAACCAGUUCAACUAUCAAAACCAACAAUACAGCAACCAAAACAAUCAAGACCAACGGAAGACCUCCAACCAAAAGCAAAAACAGCAGAGCGAGAGGAGACAGCAACACUAAUCUGAUCUCUGGUCAGUCCUUAAAAGCGCAGAUACGGUUGCAAAAUUCCAGGAACUUUCCCCAAAUUUCUGGAUUUCUGGAAAAUGUGGGAAUUUCUGAGAAAAUAUACAGUUAUUCUGCAUCCCUAAUUCCAGAGCAACUCAGAUCAGAUCACAUCCAGCGGGCUAGCUAGA